AUGUCCGCUCCCUACCCAGGCCGCCAAUCCCCCGAGCCAGAGACCCAAUCUGGCAUUCAACAGCGCGACCCCCCUUCCCACGGUAAACUGGGUGACCCAUCGACUCGCCAAGCACCAGAGUUCUCCUACGAGAAGCCGGAGGCGAAGGCACCAGUGCUUGAUGGGAGUAACCCCAAGCAUCCGCUGGAAGAUAUUGAGGCGGCGAAGUUUAAGAAGAGAUGA